AUGGAGGCCUUCUGUUCCUCAUACCUCAGAUUAGUAACCCUGCACAUCAUCCAGGCUGCAGGGUUCGACAAGACUUCAGAAAUAAGCCUUGACGUUUUAACAGAUAUAUUUGGUCGCUAUAUAACGCUUCUUGGACACACUGUCACAGAAAACGCCAAUCAUGCUGGUCGAGCCACACCAAACAUUUUAGAUCUAAGCCCAGCGUUUGAAUCACUCAACAUAGACAUGAGCGAUCUCAAGGAAUGGGUGACAGAAGGCGACGGCAAAACGUUGGAAAAUCUCGGACUGUCGAUUCCCAGUCCUCCCAUAAGAGACAUACUUCAGAGCGGUUUAGUGAAAAAUCAAAACGAGGUGAUGACCAUUGAUCCAUUUCCACCUGAUGUGAAGAUAGUAGAAAAGGUAGAGAUGGGAGACGAGUUGAAAGAAAACGUGAAAGAAGGAGAUGAUGAUGAAAGUGACGUGAAAGGUUAUGGUGAAGAGAAGGUUGGGGAAGGGAAGAUUGAGGGGGUCGUUGAAGGACAGGUCGAUGAGAGCGCUGUAAAAUCAGAAACAACGCUAGGUUCACCUAACGACAAAGAACCGGAAGUUGAAGAGAUGGCUAUAAGCGAAAAGGAAACGAAGCCUGAUGAGGCGCCGCCGUUAGCAGAAGUUUCACCGCAUCCUAAUUUUAAUCAAGACCAAGCUGCGACCAACUUGAAGCGUAAAAUAAGAUCCCCAUCAUGCUUAUCCGCCUAUGCCAAAGCUUCCUCAUCUGAUAUAGUCCAAUCGACUCUCAAAGCAUUUUCCUCACCGCAAGACUCUUAUUGGGAGAACGACGAUGUGCACAUAUCGGGGUUAACACGGAAGAAACACCGGCUUGACGAUGCGCCAAGCUGGCUUAUGCCGUAUAGCAGUAAAUCAUACUUACCUGAAGCGUGGGAAAGGGAUGUCAAGUUGGCAGAGGUCAGAGCCAAGUUUGGCUUGGACGUACCAUUCAUAGAUGGAGCGCAGCAAGCACGGCAACAGCCGAAACAACGACAACAAAAGCAACCGCCAAAGCAGCAAAAAGAACAAAAACGUGAACAAGUUCAGCCUCCACAUAAUUCUACGCAACGACAAAAAAAACCCUCGAAAUUCAAACUGAAACCGAAACCUGCGAAAUCUACGCCUGCAUCAGCCAGCGCUCCUAUGAAAAUAAAACUUCGCAUACCAGCGCCUCACAAACAAUCUUCGUCGCCUGCAUCAGUUCCAUCGACUCCCGUAUCCGCAAUAUCAGCCUCGUUGCCUUCGUCGACGCUCAACACACCAUCCGUAGUUGUAUCAAUACCCACCAUGAGUGACGAAGAGAUAAACUGUAUCUGCGAGAAUCCGCACAUGGACUAUGGAAAAUUCAUGAUUGCCUGUGAUAAUUGCGAAGUUUGGUAUCAUGGAAGUUGUGUUGGGUUUGGAGAUGGGACCGAUGUGGUAGUUGACAGUUGGUUUUGCAUGAGGUGUCAAAAGAGAGGGGAAAGUGCAAAGACGGAGAAAUAG